UCAAGUCUCAGUUUUCGAAGAGUAAGGUAGUCGACCAUAAGAAGCCCAGCCCUUUAGCGAACAAGCUAGACCCAGACGAGGACACAACCACAUUUAUUCGUUGUCACAGAUUCUCACAUUUCCCAAGACCUACUUUGACGUAAAGGCACCUUAUCCGGAGGAAUUCAAGUCCUUCUUUCGUUUAAGUACUUCUUCCCCCCUCUACUUUGAUAAUUACACAAAAUUCGCACACAUUCCUCUAGUAGAUCUGCCUUGACGAUAAACUUGCAACUAGUACCGCUAGUACUACUACUUCUACUUCUCCAGUGUGAACGAUAGAAGCAAAGCCCCCGCGAUUGUGAAGCAAUUGGAGGCAGUGAAGUAUUCUACACCCCCGUUCUCCAUCAAGAGAAUAAGUAAAAAAUCAUGCUCCACCGCCAGCAACACCAACUCGCGUCCCCCGCUGCCGGACAUAGCCACGCUGUGCGCGCGAAAACAGGUGCCCGGACGAUGCGCGCCCAGAACGUGCUUGCCCAAGACCAAGAUUUAGACAGUGCUGGCGAUAUUCAAGACGCCCACCACAACUCCUCCCCCCUCCAAGGUGCUCGUCGCCGUUCCUCCUCCUCCGGAUCAAACAAGGAGCAGCAGCAGCAGUCUAUUGAGAGGAAAAAUCCCCCCUCCCCAUAUUGAAAAGGUAAGUUUAGAAAAAUUUGUGUUGCGGAUUUGAGGUCACAAAUCACAUCUGUCUUGCAAGAAGACAAGGGCAGAAGCUUCCGCCCCAUUAUGAAAGCAAUUUGCCAUGCUGCUGGGCCUAAAGGGGAGUCGUUUGCCAUGCUGAACAGCUAGACACGUGCGCCUCUACCUAGCCUGGGGUCCUGGCCGCAGUGCCUCUCUGCAAUACAAAGCUGAUUUGUGGCCCCAAAUCAGCAUCACAAAUUUCCGUUUUGAUAUGGGGUGGGAGGAUUUUUCAUUUUGAUACAGUCUUUUCUAACACUCCAGCACCAGGUGAAACAAAUUCAGCAGGAGAUCCAUAUCCACAGUAAAUAAUUUCCCGUAUACGUACAAAUGCUGCUUCUGCAUGACAAAACUUGCCUUCAAUCUUGGUCAGCAUGCCAACUUUGACGCUCCAAGUUUUCAGCGAAGUUUAUUGUCAUGCAUAUGGUACAUGUACGGGAAUAAAUUUGUGUUGCAUAAUCCAUCAUCUGGAGCAACAGGAACUCCCCGACAUGCAAAUCGAGUUGGAGCAACUGCUCGAGAAGGAGGAGCAAAUCGAGGAAGAAAUCGAACUCCUCGCGAAGAAGUAUCCUGUGCAAAAGUAUCGUACUCGUAUUGCAAUCAUGCAUUACAAAUCUUCUUUUUAAGGUAAAUCCGCAUUACAAAUUUUAUCUCUCAUGCUGAAGAAAUUUGUCAUGCGUUUAUACGAGUACGAUACUUUUGCAAUGCAUAUGAAGGUGAACGAAACGAAACACACUUUCGGCGAAAAAAACACGAGAAAGGCGAGUGAGCUGAAAAUUUUGAAGCACAAAUUGGAACGGACCAAAAAAGCGAACGCCAUCGUGGAUCAAGAACGGCUAGAAUUAUCUCUCGGCAUGCGGGUGGUGAAAGCGAACAGCUUAGAGCCGGAAGUCGAUAACUUCUUGUUGAUGCGAAAGGCGUUAGUAGCGUCUAGGGGGCUUAGUCCGUCCGCGGAAUUGCAGUUUGAGAGAAAUGCGGGUGGAAAUGCGGGAAUAAACAAUGCCGGCGGUAAUGCCACUUUGUUCGGAUCCGCGGCGGUCAACGUGCAUCAACACAUUGAGAAAGCGGUGCAUUUACACAGUAAAAACGUUGGUGGAGCAGGGCUUGAGCACCAUGGUCAUAGUGCUGGUGCUAACGGUGUCACUAACGUGAAUAGUGUGGAAUUGUCCACGGCUUAUCCUUCUUGGCAGCAUCCGCACGCCCAUGCCGUGCCAACCACUACCGCCGGAGGGCAGCACCAAGAUGCCCCGGGAGCUGCUUCCGCGGGAUUUGAUGGAAUCAACAGGUAAAACGUGUAUAAAGUUGACGCCGUGCUGCUCAAACUGCGGUUUUGAAGUAGUCCGCCUCGUGUUCUUCUCAAUAUCCUCGUGCUUGAAUCUGGUGAGGCGCUGUUAGCCUGAAGACGCCAAGCACCUAGCUUGGCGUCAGCUUGUUCUCUCGAAGUGGUAAAUAACUUUUAUCAAUCAGAGAAAACUAAAAAUUUUUUACUUCCUCAGGUCUUCUGCCCCCCAGGAGCAUGAAGCCAGCGUGGCCUCCCGCACCGGAACGGCAGGGGGCAAUAUCAUGGGCAACAAUAGAGCAGGACAAGCACAAGGGCCCUCGUCUACUUCCCGUAUUAAUAACGGUCUCUCGUCGGCUGCAGCGUCCCCCGCACUAUCCAAGGCCUCCGUAGUUCGGCAGCAACAGCAAGCCCGGUCUGCAGGGAGCAAGGUGAAAUUCAACUACCUGCCGACCAACCGCACGACUGGCGGCGGGUCAAAUGGAGCGGUCAAUGGAGCUGCUGCACAAGCUGCAGUCCGAGCAACCCGACCGCAGACGGCGAUGCAAAAUUUGCCAUCGCGAGCAGGAGGUCCUCGUGAAAAUAAAGGGAGUAACAUGAUCCCGCAACAGGGCGCUCCGAUCAGCUUCACGGCAAAUAACGACGAUGAGCAAGAGCGGAGGACGGCGUUUAGCAAUACUAAUACAGUAUCGGUACAGGUUGUCUCUCCGGAAGCGAAUAGGGCGAGGAACAAAGGGUUUGACGUCGGGCAAACCAAGAUCAGACUGCCCGAGGGAUCGGUCGUGUCGACUUCAUCGAUGAACUUUCGCGACAGCGGGAUUUCCGAGGGUGCAGAUCCUUUUGAUCCGACGAAGCCCAUGGCUCCGAUGGUACGGAAGGCGCCAAACAUCUCGGGACUGCGGGGGCGAUGAGAAGCUGAUUUUGGUCAUUUUGUUGAAGAAGUUGCCAGAUUUUGUAAUGCUGCAAAUUUUGGAAUCGGCUGCCUUCGGCAUAAUGUGUAAUAGCCGUAAGAACGAACACUGCAUAAACAAAUACAGGACUUUAAAAACUGUCUCUUUUAUGAUUCUUAUAUCGCAUUCUUUACAGGAGGUAUCUGUGUUUUUCCAUUUCCUCUACGACGAUUUCUACUUUCUCUACCCCAUCACCUCUAACUAGUUUGUCUUUGUCCCCAUGUCUCACAAGAUCUGCAUAAGAAUUGCGCGCCACUCUAUGGAUUUUCACUUUUCUCAAGCGUUUCAGGAAGUGAUUGUGAACCUGAAGAAGUGACAUUGAUACUUAUGUAAUUAAGUAACAGUUUCUUGACCGCCCCCCGCCGAAAGAACAAGAAGUGCGAACUUCAACGGAAUUGAUAAUCGGCAAUUGAAAC